GCUAGUGCUCUACCACUGAGCCACAACCCAGUCCCUCCAUGUUGAAAUCUUGAAUUUUAGCUUCCUCCGGAAGGAGGGAAGACGUGGAAACACGCAGUCCCAUUCCCAUACUGCAAAAGCCACCUGGAGCGGAGUCUCAGCUGCGUACUUUAGAAAGGCCUGUGGUCACUCUUUCAUUAGGUGUCCUGAACUAACUCUCCGUCCCUUUAUGGACACUUGAGUUUGGGAACUCUAUAUUACUGGGUAUAUAUGUUAGAAAGACAGGGACGUCUCUGCUGGGAUCUCAGUCAGAUGGGGUGGACAAGUUCGCAGACCAGCCAGAGAGGAAAGUGGCGCGCGGGAAGAUGGGGCUUUAGGUAGGUGGGUGAUGCGGGUACGGCACCCAAAGCGCAGUCUUGGAAGACGGUGCGGCUGUGGCAUAAAUGGACGAGAGGCGCCUGAGAGCCCGAGGACUGGCGCCAGGCUGGAGAUGUGUCCCAGGGCGGAGCGGCGGGAGUGGGCUCCCUCACCAGCGUGGUCUCUGCAAAGAGAUGGGCGCUCCGGAGACGGAACCCGCGGUUUCAGAACUAAAGGCAGCAUCGUCUCGCUUCCCACCCGGACAACCUCCCCGCGCACCGCUCUAGGCCGGAAGUGGUCUGGAAGCCACCGUGCUGCUGCUUCCUUGCGAAGUCGGGGUGUGGAGCUGGCGGUCCCAUCCGAUGGGCGGUUGAGCCUGCGCCGCUAUGGCUCACGUUGGCUCUCGCAAGCGUUCGAGAAGUCGCAGCCGCUCCCGGGGUCGAAGGUCGGAAAAGAGAAGGAAGAAGAGUAGUAGGGACGCCUCGAGGAGUUGCUCAGUUUCUGGAUCCCAAGGUCGUAAGGCCAGCACCGCCUCAGGGUCUGAGGCCUCACCUUCUCCCUGCAUCACAGAGAGAAGCAAGCAAAAGGCCCGGAGGAGACCACGAUCCAGCUCCUCCUCCUCUUCUUCCAGUUCUUCUAGCUCCUCUUCUUCCUCCUCGUCCUCCUCCUCUUCCUCCAGUGAUGGUCGGAAGAAGCGGGGAAAGCACAAGGACAAGAAGAGGAAGAAGAAGAAGAGGAAAAAGAAGCUGAAGAGGAGGCGCAAAGAGAAGGCUGAGGUGCCCCAGGCCGAAGCUCCGCCUGGCCCCUCCCUGGACCAGUGGCACAGAUCCACGGGGGAGGAAGACGAUGGCCCAGUCCUGACGGAUGAGCAGAAGUCUCGUAUUCAGGCCAUGAAGCCUAUGACCAAGGAAGAGUGGGAUGCUCGGCAGAGUGUCAUCCGCAAAGUGGUGGACCCCGAGACGGGACGCACCAGGCUCAUUAAGGGAGAUGGUGAGGUCUUGGAGGAAAUCGUAACCAAAGAGCGACACAGAGAAAUCAAUAAGCAAGCCACCCGAGGGGAUGGCCUGGCUUUCCAGAUGCGAGCUGGGCUGCUUCCCUGAGGGCCCCUGGCCAACUGAGGCCUGUGGACAGUGUCGUGCCAUGGCCUGGAGGUUGGCCACAGGGCGGGCAGCAGCAACACUGACCGGUGCUGAUGGCUUUUCACCUGUACCUGUGGAGCCAGUCCAGCCUCCUCAGGAGCAAGGUUAGAGGUGAGGCUUACGGAUGCCUCAGUAACCCCUCCUGAAAGAGCAAGGGCAGUGAACCUGAUAUUAAAUGUUCUCUGGUCUUAUA